AUGAUCCGGGAGACGGUGAACGCUCUACAGAGCAUAUCAUCGACUGAUGAAACCCGCCGCCUCCAGGCCGACAACAAACGGCUGCGGGACGAGGUGGCGACGCUCCAAAAGGAUGUUGCUAGCAUGCGUCUCAGUAUAGAGAAGCCGGCUCGCCCAGCCCAGGAACGGACGCCGGCACCGACACUGCAGGCUGAGCAUAUCGCGCGUGAUGUACUAUCCCAAGUAGGGACGAUGAUCAGCGCGCGAUUCGAGGCUCUCGAGGAGCGCUUGCUCCCGGAGAAGCGCCUGAGGCCGCCUUUGGCUGCGGAUAGGCGUAGCGCCGAACCUGGGCCUUCAUCGGCACCAGAUCCCACCCGUACCUCUCUGGGAGAGACGUGGAGUGCAGUGGUGCGGAACGGAAAGGGGAAGGGAAAGAAGACAGCGCCCGCGCUUGACGUGCAGAUGUCGGCUUCCAUCUCCGCCAAGUCAAAGAAGUCUGUGGCUAAGCCCGUCACGACGCCUAAGCCACCUGCGGCCGCCGUGAAAUCUAUUACGGUGCCGAGGCCCCCAUUGGUCGCAACGGGAUCCGCUGCGGUGCCCAAGUCCGGUACGGCAUCAAGACCCGCUGUGGCCACUGCGACGCCAGCCGCCGCUAAUAAAAAGAAGCGGAGGCGUAGAGGCCGCAAACUACGUGCCCCUACGACGGCAGCUGUAGUAAUCACACUACAGCACGAUGCCGUCGAAAAGGGGGUUACGUAUAGUGAUGUUCUCACCAAAGCCCGUCAGAGGUUAGAUCUGACGGCCUUGAACAUCCCGGCAGGUCUGAAAAUAAGGCAGGCGGCCACGGGAGCUCGAGUUCUCGAGCUUCCAGCAGGGGUCACGAGCGAAGCAGCAGACAGUUUCGCCGUGAAGCUCCUCCUCCAGAGGGAUGCAGUUGGUCCCCGUCUUCCCUACGAUGGCCUCAACGAUUCCGCGAUGGGCCCUCGCGGGGUUGGACCGCGAUCACCAGGGUCUGCGAUGCCUGCAUGGUCCGCGUGCGGCAAAGACCUCAAAAGAGGCAGGUGUACUGGUGGUCACCGGACAUUGCGGAUCUUCGGCGACGCUGUGUCGCCGCCCGCCGGAAGUUCCAACGACAGCGGCGGCGGCGGCCGCGGAAUGAGGAAC